AACGUAAAUAUUUAUGUAUAUUAAAGAGUUACAUACCGGCAUAGGUAAAUUUACUACUAUAAUGUUCCACUAAACGUGAUCCUCGCCUUGUUUCCGAACAAAAUUUCAUACUUAUUGUCAACAAUGAUGAGGAGACCUUGUUUGCCAAUCUAUAAUGAUAUUUAUAUAUGUAUAACACACUGUUUGAGCAAAAAAUUUGGGGAAAUGCGUCGGAUUUACAGAUCCAGAUCAUAAUAAAAACAAGUCUUGAGUACUUUAUUAUUAGAAGUAAAAGGCGUGCCGAAGAAUCAAUCAAUGUGAAAAUUAGUUUGGCACUUUUAAUUAUUAACAAAACUGCAACAAAACUGCAUAAGAACAUGCAUAUUUAUUUAUAAUCCGUCAGUUGCAUAGAAUAGAUAACCAUGCUUAUACUGCCAUAUCAGUUCAUGUGGAUAAGCGUCGUCUCGAUAUUUUUAAUUAUUGGCGUAGGUCUCUUUGUGUAUUUGGUGCUCAUACCGUUGCCAGAUUUGGGAAAAUAUUUUCCAAAGCAGAAUUGGGAAGAAAAAUUAACAUAUUCGAGAAAUGGAGGAAAUAAUUUGGAGAACCCAAUCACAAAAAAAUUAUCAAAUGUGUUGCAAUAUCCAAAAGCUUUGGAUAACACAGUACAAAAGGACAAAGAUCCCCAGCAGGAAAAGCCUUCGGUAAUUACAGGACCUCAAGGUCACGGUUUUUACACUUCUGGUCACUGGAAAAUUGACCCUUUGGGAGCAGAAUCGUUUGGACAAUUCUCCAAUCCCGAAUUUCUCAUGACCGAGUACUUUGCUUCGAUCAUGUCCCCACCUGUGCCACCCGAGAUGGAGGAGAAUGGAUCAACGUCACAACAUUGCCAUGAUAUCGGAAACCUAAUGGUUUGUGAAAAUCAUGACAAUGAUUCCCAUUCUAGCGACUAUGCAUUUAUGGAUAGCCAAAGUGAUUCAGAUAUGGUCAUGAUGAUGUUUUAAUGCACCAGUAGAUUAACACAUUUAAUAUUUCUCAUAUUUCAAUAUCAAAAUAAGCUCUGCUGUUCUUCUCAUUAAAUAUUUGCGACACAAUACACGAUUUAAAUAUCAAA